GCCUGCAUCCGGCAGCCGGGUAUAAUUGCUGCCAGGCUCUCCUGGCGUGGUUUUGCUAGUCAUGGCUCCGGACUCCGGGGCUUUCCCCGAUGGACAGACUCUGAAGCUACUGCCGGUGGAUCCCCGGGACCAGGGUACCCAGCGCUGCCGCCUGGGGCCGGAGGCCCUCCGCAGCCUGGGCGCGUGCCUGGGCUCGCCGCUGAGGAUCUCGUUGCCCGCCGGCGGCUGCUGCCUCUGCACGGCCUGGCCCCGGCGCGACGGGGCGGACGGCUUUGUGCAGCUGGACCCGCAGUGCGCGAGCCCCGGGGCCGCGGCCGCCGCGGGGAGGAUCAGUCUGGACAGCUUGCAGCCGGUGCCCUGUCCGCCGCUGCGGCGCCUCGAGGUGUGGCCGGUGCUGCGAUCGCAGGCGGGAGCCCCGAGCCCCGCCGCGGUGCUGGAGGUAGCGCACGAGCUGCUGCGCCACCGGCCGGUGUCGCGGGGACACGUGGUGGCCACCCCUCCGGGCGUCCCCGGCCCCGUGGCCGCGCUGCACGUGGUGGGCGGGACACCGGACCCCGAGCCCGCCGGGUUGGUCACACCGCACACCCGCAUCACGCUCAGCGACAAGCCGCCGCCGCCACAGGUCGAGCCUCCCGGGGAGGUGGCCCUUGGGGGCCUGUCGGAGACGGCCGACUCCCUGCGGGAGCUGCUCCUCCUGCCGCUGCGCUACCCGCUCGCCCUAGCCGCGCUUGGGCUGGCGGUGCCUCGCGGGGUGCUCCUGGCGGGACCCCCGGGAGUGGGCAAGACCCAGCUGGUGCGUGCCGUGGCGCGCGAGGCGGGCGCCGAGCUGCUGGCGGUGAGCGCCCCGGCGUUGCAGGGCGCCCGGCCCGGGGAGACCGAGGAGAACGUGCGGCGCGUCUUCCAGCGCGCUCGGGAGCUGGCCAGCCGCGGGCCCAGCCUCCUCUUCCUGGACGAGGUGGAUGCCCUGUGUCCCCGGAGAGGCGGCCCGUGGCGAGCCCCCGAGAGCCGCGUGGUGGCCCAGGUGCUGACGCUGCUGGACGGCAUCCACGGGGACCGGGAGUUUGUGGUUGUGGGAGCCACUAACCGGCCAGACGAGCUAGACCCAGCGCUGCGCAGGCCCGGGAGGUUUGACCGAGAGGUUGUCAUUGGGACUCCCACGCUUAAACAAAGAGAGACAAUUCUGCAAGUGAUUACUUCAAAGAUGCCCGUCUCCGGUCACGUUGAUUUCGGUCUCCUGGCAGAAAUGACAGUGGGCUAUGUUGGUGCCGACUUGACUGCACUCUGUAGGGAGGCUGCCCUGUGUGCCCUUCUUAAGCACGAGAAGAACCAAGACAGUCCUAAGAUUGAUGAAACAGACUUUCUUGAAGCCUUGAAAAAGAUUCAGCCCUCAUCAUUUCGGAGUUCUGUAGGACUGAUGGACAUCAAGCCCGUUGGCUGGGAGCAGAUAGGAGGACUUGAAGAUGUAAAGAUAAAGUUAAAGCAGUGUGUUGAGUGGCCUCUGAAGUUCCCUCAGGAAUUUGCUAGGAUGGGUCUGAAACAGCCAAAGGGCCUUCUCCUCUAUGGUCCCCCUGGAUGUGCUAAGACCACUCUGGUGAGGGCCCUGGCCACAAGCUGUCACUGCUCUUUCGUGUCAGUGAGCGGAGCCGACCUCUUUUCACCUUAUGUUGGAGACUCAGAAAAAGUCUUGUCUCAGGUAUUUCGACAAGCAAGAGCCAAUACUCCAGCGCUUGUGUUUUUGGAUGAAAUUGACUCAGUCUUGGGGUCUCGCUCAGUCGGCACCUCGGGAUGUGAUGCUCGGGAGCGAGUUCUUUCAGUUCUGCUGAAUGAGCUCGAUGGUGUGGGAGUUAGGACGGUAGAGAGAAGAGGGAAUAAAUCAGACCACCAGGAAUACCAAGAAAUGCUUCAUCGGAAUGUCAUGAUUGUUGUGGCAACAAAUAGGCCUGACGUUUUAGACGAUGCCUUGUUACGACCCGGAAGACUGGAUAAGAUGAUCUAUGUGCCUCCUCCUGAUCGAGAGGGCAGGCUUUCUAUUUUAAAAGUCUGCACAACCAACAUGCCAAUAGGGCCUGACGUUUCAUUAGAAAAGCUAGCAGCGGAAACGUGUUUUUUCUCCGGAGCUGAUCUUAGAAACCUGUGCAAAGAAGCCGCCUUGUCUGCUCUGCAGGAGAACGGACUGGAAGCAACCACCGUGAAUCAGGAGCACUUCAGAGAAUCACUCAGGACCGUGAAGCCAUCCUUAAGUCAGAAAAGCUUGACUCUGUAUGAAAACCUGUUUAAGAAAGGACUUUCUGACUUGGAAGAUAAUUAAAUUUGUAUUUUAUUCGGCUUUUCACUUGCUUGUGGUAUGCAACUUUACACUUUUCAUAGGAUUGAGAGAGACAGAGACUGAGAGAGACAGAGGCCGAGAAACUUGGCCUGGUAAAGACCAUUUUACUUCUAGAAGGUGUAUUAAAACGCUAUAAUAAAAAGUGUGUGUGUGUGUGUGUGUGUGUUGUGUGUGUGUGUGUGUGUGAUUUUGUUAGCAUAAUUAUUUUUGGGUGAUCGCUUUCUGGUGACUUUGGAGUGAUGUCAUGCACACAGAAGAGCUGUGGGAAUAGAACAGAGAACUUGAGCAUUCUCAGCCCAGAGUCUCCAGUUUAGCAUUCUGUCAGUUGUUUUCUCUCUUUCCUCCACACACUGUUUUCUGAACAGUUUGAGACUAGAAUACAGUCAUGCGUCACUCAGCUCGGGGAUGACUCUAAGAGGUGUGUCAUUAGGCAGUUUUGUCCUGAACGUCAUAGAGUCGUGUGGUUAUCCGAGCAAGACAGUGACCGCACGUACGACAGUCGUGGGAAUUCACUGUCAUACAUGCCUGUCAUCAAACAUCGUCUGACUCGUGGCUCUGUGUGCCUGAUGCUCCAGUAUGGCUAGUGUUUAGUGGGUGUGUCUUACAAAUAAGAUUGUCUUAUACUGCAGUUCACUCACCAAACUCAGGAGGUUUAACAUCGACACAGUAUUUGAAUGGAUUCAGUGAAUUUCUCUCUUUGUCCCAGAGAUGUCCUAUGUUCAUCCUUUUCUGCCAGACGGUCUAGCCUGGAUUACAGUGAGUUUAGUUGUCAUGUGUUCCACGUCUUUACUUGGAAACGGUUCUCAGUCUUCAGCUUGGAAACAUGUAGAACAGUGUUUUGUAGACACUCAGCCCUUAGGUCUGUGUCUGUCAGCACUUCUCCGGUGUAGGCUUUGUGUCACCGCCGGAUGUCCUCGGUGUCACCGCUGGAGGCACAGUGCUCCCCUCAUUGGUGCCGGUCAUUCUGUCCACUCAGUGUUGUUGGGUUUCUCUGUUCUUCACUUCCCUUUUGUAGUUGUAAGUAAUCCGAGGCCAUGGAUUUGUCUGCAUGCUCCUAUUUUUACAGACGCUGUUAAGAAUGAAACCUCUUUGGUGUGUAACCUUCCCGUGCUUGAACCCCAGAAGUAAUGGCAGUGCACAAUUUUUGACCACUUUCCUUGUAGCAGCGUGCAAGGAGCACCUUAACUGGGCCGUUCCUCACUCAGGGUGGCAUCUAGGUGCCUGUCACCGAAAUGCCCAGGAAAUGGCAGGGCCCGACCAGGACAUCCUGUGACUCAGUUUCCAUGAUCAGAAGAUUGCUCUGGACAACUUCCGAGACUGUUUAAAAUUAUUUUGUUUUUACUUGCAUUUUAUAGUGUACUUACUAAACUGGUGUUCAUGACCUUCUCACCCACGUGGACUUUGUAUUGCUCUUUCCACCCUUCCUUCCCACUGGUCGACUCUGUUACCCCAGAGUCCCCAUCCUACUUUCGAUUGGCCUGGGAAGCAUGGCGGUAAGUUGGCAGGCAGUGUUUGUUUUCCCUGGUACUGAGCUCACGCUGCUCUCAAGCCUUAGUUGUUGACCCCAGCGUAUAGAAUGUCUGGAUCCCAGGAUCCAGCCCAGUAAAGCAGCCACGGAAGGAUGAGUGACAGGACCAACGUAGCCCACUGUCCAGGUUGGUCAGAAUUUCAAGCAAUAAGAAUGUUCUAUUUUGGGGCCUGGAGAGAUGGCUCAGUGGUUAAGCACACUGGCUGCUCUUCCAGAGGACCUGGGUUCAGUUUCCAAGACCCACAUGGCAGCUUCAACAGUCUGUAAUUUCUGUUUCAGGGGAUGCAACGCCCUCACACAGACAUAUAUGCAGGCAAAACAUCAAUGUACAUAAAAUACAAAUAAAUUAUUUUUUUU